CCGAGUCUUCGUCGUGGGAGUACGUUACCUUGGUGUGUCACGAGGGCAGCUCCGUUAGGAACGAUUGGGCCCCUUCUUAACUGAUGCACAGAAGAGCAACGACUGCCGAUCGACAGAGAAUCAAGGACUCAGUGAGUUAAAACAGUGCGUGCGACGAAUUCCCAAGUCAAUAUCGGCGUCAAGCUGCCUGGCAUCACAGCAGGGAUCAGUUCAGCUAUGUCUUUGGAGGAAUCUCGGAGGUCGCAACGCCCGUACCGCUACGGGAUGGUCCUCCUGUGCGUCGGGGCUCUCAUAAACUGGUUGGGCCUGGCAGAAAACUACGUCGAGCCGGUGCGAUAUGUCGGCGUCGCCUGCAUAGUCGCCGGGGCUCUCCUCAUUUGCGCCGCUAUGUGCUGCUGGCUGCACGCGCCGCCAACUAGAACGAGCACGCACACGCAACACACGAACCAUCCGAUCACGGCACAGAUCGACGACCCGAUCCACGUGAUCUCCAUCGAGGAGCCGUCCAGCAUGUCGAGGCAAAAGCCGCCGGACUACGAGGCGGUGACGGACGCACCACCGAGCUACGAUGAUGCGAUCAAGCUGAAUCCUAGUCAAUUAGUCAGGCUAAGCAACGGCAGCACGCCGCCCUUAUCCUCGGGACAAAUUAUCCCGACGACCAUCGCCAUCGUCUCUCCUACGCUGACGCCGCCACCGCCGUAUGCGAGGUGAGAUCACAAGGCUGGCGAUAGAGACUACAAUGAAUACGGAGGUUCGCAGCGUGUCGGAGAAUCGAUGUAUUAUUGUCUACUGCGAAGAGCGAUCGACAGUGUGAUUAAAUCAAUACGAUCGCACGACGAUUCCGUUGUUCGCUCUCGUCAUCUCGAGACGCGUGACCGAACGUGCAUUUAGCUACGCAAGCUACGAUCUUCUCAGGAGUGGGCUCGAACCAUUCGAAGAUCGUUCAACAUCUCCACGAGGAAGAACCGAACGAGGAUCUCUCUGCGACAUUUUUUAAGUGUCGACCACUUAGAUUAUUAAUUAUCGGACAGUGUGAAUCGUUGGCAAUGUUCAUUCGGCGCUCGGAAACUCUUCCUUUACAUGUCAUAAUUUUCAUUACGUUUAUAAUCGGAAGACAGAAAACAGGGGAUCAUUCAGUGCUCAUUGAAGGCGGCCUAAAAAAUUCCACAACGGCUACGAUUUUCUUUAAUACGGCUCAAUUACACCACGAUUUCCGGUGCUAACCUCCUUCGUUCGCGCGUGGAAGUUCGACGGAUAUCUCGUGAAAUCAUGCGCUGAGAGAAUGCACAAAAGUGACGCAUAAUAAUAACCGGCACUCAAUGCACAACUGCAAACUUGUAUAGACUUACAUGGCGCGGCAUUUUGUUCCUCUCUUUUUUUUUUAUAUACUCGCGAACGUAAUCUGACGAUUAUCUCGACAAGAACGCCGCGAGCAAUCGCCGUCAUUGCGUGGUUUCUGCGGACCGCAUUGUUGCUCGCUGCGGUUUUUUCUGAUCGUGAGUUCGAAGCGACUACUUUCGGCGCUCGGACGUUUCAUUCGUUCCUCGAUCGUUUGAUUUAAUAACGCCGUUUGAAUCGCUCCGAUUGAUUCGGAAUGAGUCUGCAGAAAUAACGGAGUUUUAAAUUUAGUCCGACGGAACGGACGUGCCGUCUCUUUUCUCUCUCUCUCUCUUUCUUUAUCCGAUAGGAGACGCGCGAUCUCGUUCCAUCGGAUGGUCAUUGUCGCGACGAUGACGCGAAAGUCAGCGGAGUUCCCGCCGAAAAUUAGCCGGGUCGCGUUGAUUCAUCGCGCCGCGUCCAUCGUCGCAGCUCGUCGGACUCGGAAAUUUCACUCACGUCACGUCUCGAAUUCGAGUGGCUCGGUUAUGCAUCGCAUUAAGAGUACGCUCUUGUCUCGAACGACGCUCGAAAGUGCUCCGCCGGAUAUUCUCACUCUCGGACGUAGUUGGGCAUGCGAUACGUGUUCGAAGAGAAUCGCAUCCCACGAUGAUCCGAAGUGGAAUCAUAGUAAUGGAGCAUUUAGCGCGUUGCGAACUCAGCUGCGCGCGUGAUUUACUGAAGAACGAUCUUCUGUCGUGUAUCAUCUCGGUGUCUGUCUCUUUAAAUACGCACACACGCGCGCACGGCAUACCCAUGCGAAAGCCAUUCACACACGUCCAUUUUAUUGUGAUAUACAAUACUAUUAUAUAUACAUAUAUAUAUAUGUGUAUAUAUAUAUAUAUAUAUAUAUAUAUAUAUAUAUAUAUACGUGUAGAUAUUACGAAGCAAAAACAUUAUCGAACAUAACGGCGAUGCUUGUAAAGUAAGACUUUUUUUUACAACGAAAGUGCAAAAUAUAAUAUACGACUUUUUUUUUA